UGGGAGGUUUUGUUGGCUGUUUUCUCCACGUCGCUGUGGCUAAUGAUGACCUUAUCCCGUCUGGUGACACUUCUGUUCAUCACACACCUCCUCAUUCCUUCGCCACCAUUCUUCUCCACCAAUCACAUCCUUGUGUUAACUUGAGGAUGAGGAAGAUUUGAAGAUGAAGAGGCCUAUUUAACAGCUCAUCACAUCCUACUCAGACAGUGAUAACAUUCUGCUCUUCCACCAUCUCACUUUCUGAUUGGUUAUAUUUUGGACUUUUGCAGCUUUGCACAUCCAGUACAGUGUUGAAAAGAGAUUCAGUGAAUAUAAGAGUCCUUUUUUUGCGGUUUGAGGUGGAGAUGCUUCGCUCUCAGGUGCAGGUUGUUCUUGUGGCCUUGUUCUCCUUGGCGCUGCUGGUGCAGGUGAGCGGUGCUCCAAGCAGAGACAUGCUGACACUGAGAGCAGACCUCGUAAACAACAAGGAUCUCGUUCACAUGCUCUUGCUGAAGUUUGUGUCUGAACUGAUGGCAGCGAGAGGAGGGGAGAUGCUCCCCGAGCUGGAGCAAGAGGGAGACAGGGAGGAGCUGGUGCGGCGACAUCUCCCCCUCUCCCAAAGAGAGCGCAAGGCAGGCUGCCGCAGUUUCUUCUGGAAAACGUUUACCUCGUGUUAACAUAAGAGAAGAGCUGUUCAAGCGGUUUGUUUUGUAAAUGUACUUUUAAAAGAGAAAUGAAUCCACGUUUGCACACUUUGUUGUAACUGGAUCAUUUACUGUGAGUCACCAAAUAUUUAGGUAUUUUGGCAAUUGUAAUAAAGUUGUAUGUUUUGUGAUUGGCAAGGAUGUACACAGCUCUAAAAUAAAGUUUUU